CUUCUGCUCUUCAUCCCAGCCAGGAGGCGGAGCCAGCUCUGAGCAGCUGGGAAGUGAGCUGUGCCUGGCCAGUCUUGGGGGAGGAGCUGCUUUUCACCAGGCUGCAGCUGACAAGAAGCUUCAAGAACAAAUCUCAGAGACACCUAUGACCUGGGCAAUCUGCAUGUGACACCAGCUGAGCUCCAGGAAGGUUGUGUGCCCACAGAAAGGCCACGUACAGUGACAGCACUGCUGAGUAACAGGAGCAGACCCACCACGAUCCCCCUUGACGGAGGGAUUGUGCCAAACAACGUGUUCAAGUAUCUUUUGGAGACUGAGGUGGAAAAGAACAGUCCACACAAACUGUAACUCUUUGUAAUCCUAAAGUCAGCAAGGAUUUGUUAGGAGUGCUGUUUGUGGUAGAACCUGAAUUAUCAGGACAGGGCUAGCUGGCCACCUCAAUCCCUGACAAAAAACCCAUCCAUACACAAAUUUAAAUCAUAAUGGAUGCUGAGUAUGUCCUGUGCAAUUGGAAAGACCAGUUGUGGCCAGCAAAAGUUGUGUCCAGUUGUGAAACAUCAUCAAACAGUAAGAGAAAACAGACAUUUCCCCUGGAAGUUCAAAUACUCUCACUGGGAGAAAAAAUUAUAGUAGAGAGCACAGAAACAAAGCUCCUAAAUAAGUCUCAGAUAGAAGCCAUUGCCUCCUCACUAGCAGUGCAGGGAGAUGCCAGUGGUUUAACUUACGAGGAGACAGCCUAUGGAAGGUCACUUAAACUGGCACUGGAUAUUCUGAAUGAGAGGCCAAAUUUGAGUCAAACAAGCAUUUCAGAUGAAGAAGAGCCCAGUACCCUGGCUGAAGAUGUACCACCAACAUUAUCCAAUUCACCCCCUUGUAAAAAGUAUCGCAAGCAUGAAGAAGACUUACCAAUAUGUUUGGAGCAAAGUGGCAGCCCAGCAUCCUCGUCAGUAUCUCCAGAGAAUGGUGGCACCCUGUCUGAUGACAAGCCACAGAUGCACACAACCAUUCCAAGUGAAAUGGAAACAAAGCCAUCACUAAGCUCUAGCUGGAGCCAAACUUUCCCUUCACUUCCAGAAGGUGAAGAUGAAAAAGAAGACAAGAAAAAGAUUGAUAUAUGUCUUAUACCUAUUCAUUCCACAGUCAAAGAGGAAGAUAUUAAAGAAGAGAAGUUUGUUCCAGAUUUGUCAUCAGAUGCUCCUUUGAUGCCCAAAGCUUUGAAAGAGGAGUCAGAAGAUGUGUGCCCAGAGCCCUUGGCUGUUUCCUCUGUCUCCCCAGAGAAUAUUGAAGAUCCUGGAGAGGGCCCCUCAAAUCCAAAUCCAUGCUUAGAUCCCAGCCAGAAUCACCCUUCUGUAGAAUCUGAGGUGGGUGCUUCAACCUCUACUGGAGUGGGUGCUGCAACGUCUGCUGGAACUUGUUCACAGGAUGGCCAGGGCUCUUCUAGUGCCUCUAAUCCUCCCCUUGUAAGUAGUGAAAGGUAUUUCAACAGACUAGAUUUUGAUGAUUUCGAUGAAUUCCCACCUUCUGAAAGGUCAUUGCGCCUAAGUUCUGUCGUUGAUUCCAUGUCAGCUGAAGAUGAGGAAGAAGAACUUCCACGUGUCAUUUUUCAAUAUGAGAAACGUCCCUUUGAAACAGGAAUGAUAGUCUGGUUUAAAUAUAAAAAAUACCCCUAUUGGCCAGCAGUGGUAAAAAGCAUCAGGCGAAAAGAAAGGAAAGCAAGUAUACUUUUCAUUGAGGCAAACAUGACUCCCGAAAAGAAAGGCAUGAGAGUAUCUUUCAGAAGAUUAAAGAAAUUUGAUUGUAAAGAGAAACAAACACUAGUGGAAAAAGCCAGGGAAGCUUACAGUGAAAGUAUUGACUGGUGCAUCUCACUGAUUUGUGACUACAGAGUUAGAAUAGGUUGUGGUUCAUUUGCAGGCUCUUUCUUUGAGUAUUAUGCUGCUGAUAUUAGUUAUCCAGUUAGAAAGAUAAUCAAACAAGAUACCUUCAGGAAUAUAUUUCCAAAACUAUAUGAUGAUGAUAUGUUGGGACCCAUGGCUGUGACUUCUAAGACCAAGAAAAUGUCUUUCCAGAAACUUCUUCCAGACCGGAUGAAGGCUGCACGGGACCGAGCCAAUAAAAACCUUGUGGACUUCAUUGUGAAUGCAAAGGGAACAGAGAACCAUCUUCAGUCCAUUUUAAAUGGCACUAAGGGAUCCAGAUGGCUGAAAUCAUUUUUGAAUUCAAAGAGAUUCUCACGCUGUAUUGAAACUUACUUAGAGGAUGACGAUCAAUUGGAUGAGGUGGUGAAAUACUUACAGGAAGUCUGCAAUCAAGUAGAUGAAAAAAUGAUGAGCCUCAUACAACAUGAUAAAAUUAAAUUUAUCCUGGAAGUUCUUCUACCAGAAGCUAUUAUUUGUUCAAUCUCUGCUGUUGAUGGGUUAGAUUACAAAGCAGCAGAAGCAAAGUAUCUAAAAGGACCAUCUCUAGGCUAUAGGGAAAGAGAAUUAUUUGAUUCGAAAAUCUUAUCUGAGAAAAGACGGAAACCAUCAACAACAGAAACUCAUUAGAUUUUCUGAGAGUCCAAAUCAUAAGAUGCUCUCAUCGAUGUUCUUUAAAAAAACUCAGAAAAUUAAUGACAUGUAUGCAGCUUCUGAAAAUGUGAGACUUUGAGUAACAUGUUCUCUCUUUGUUUUUUUUUCCCCCCUUGGGAUCUCCAGGAUCCGUGGGUAGCACUACAUCUUCAUUACCCUUUGUUGUGAUUUUUUUCAAAGUCAAUUUUGCCAGCUUAUUUCAGCAACUUUGCUUUUCCAUGCAAUUUUAGAAUGCAUAAUGCAUUAGUGAUUCUUAAAGAAAAGCACUACUUUGUUUCAUGAUGUCUUUGUUUCUAUUCUGUAUAGGUAAAUACAGUGUGCACAGUCAUUUUAAUAUUAAAAUUGCACUGUUAGUAAAUAUUAAGCAAGAUAAUUAGAAAAAAAAUUUAAGAAACAGCAAUUAUAUAUUUUUCGCUUUUUAUAAGAUAUUCAGUUUUCUCUUAAGAUAGUUGAAUUAUUUUUAUUGCCAUGCCUAUUUAUUUUUGGAAAAAUAUAUCUCUGAGACAUAGAACCAAAGAUAGAUAAGCUUUGCUAUAUAUUAUAAAUAACUAGAAUUGCUUUUGCAGAAAAUCUCUGAAAUACAAAAAAUAGACUAUUUGCAUGUAGUCUAUACAUGUGUGAAUAACAUCUCAGCAUAUAGAAAAUAAUUUUGACAACCUUGAAACUCAAACAUGAUUGUUCAUUCUACACUUCCCUGAAAUUCUAUUUUGGGGAAAUGUCUAUUGUUUAAAAAGCUGAAGACUUUCUUGAAACAGACAAACUGCUGGCUGUCUUUAUGGCGAGCAGUGAGUGGAUCCUCUUCGCAAUGUAGUUAUCUGACCACAUGUAGAAGGCAGCUAGAUGCGUUGUAUUUUUGAUCUGGCCACCCUAGAUCUGUUAGCCAGAGUAACUGCUUACGAGCCCAUCUAGUUUGAUAUAAACCGUAGGGAAAAAAAAGCAAGUGCCAUGUUCUUAGUCUUUUAUCACCAAAUAUGCCUCAAACCAAGCACGGUUUAUUUUCUGGCUUCUCUAACAGAGAAAACUUCCAAUUCGUUCCAUUAAUGUAAAUGCCUACUGAUAAGUCAUUCCACACUGCUAGCUGUUGUAGAUGCACAAGAAUCUGGAAUUUAGAAUUAAAAGUCACAGAAAAUUUUAUCUGAGUACAUGUGACAUAUUUUCCAAAUAAUGGGUUAAAUAGAACCCAUUAAAGUGUGAAUUCAAUAAAUUGUUUGUUCUAGCUUGAAACAGUUGUGUGAGAAUAAAUGCUAGGAAAGCCAGUAUAUUUUAAAAUCUUGAUGUUAAAAAAAUGUUGAAGGCUUAACAUGCACCUGUCUAGUCUUUAACAGCUUAGAGUUAGACACCUUUCUCUUUUGGGCUCUUUUUUUGUGUUCACAUGGCUACAUGUUUAUGUGAAAUUUAUAAAAAUUUGAUGUUUUGACUUUCAAUAAAAUCAUUAUAUUCUUCA